AUGAAUCCCCUUAUUCUCUUGUUUCUCUCAACUUUGUUUAUCAGCUCACUGUCUUCAAAGGUUGAACCAGCUAAAAAAACUAGUGCCCAUAUCACUGUAAUGGGUCUUGUUUAUUGUGACAUCUGCUCCAACAACAGCUUCUCCAGACACAGCUACUUCUUACCAGGUGCUGAAGUUAGAAUAGACUGCAGGUUCAAAGCAAGUUGGCUGAAAACCAGAGAGCAGAUAUCAUUCACAGUGAACAGAACCACAAAUAGGCAUGGAAUGUACAACCUAGAAAUCCCUUCUGUUGAUGGAAUUGCUUGUGCACAAGCAGCCAUUGACUCCUCUUGUGAAGCAAGCUUAAUGAGGAGUUCAUCUAAAGCAUGCAAUGUUCCUGGAUACAAAUCCACAACCAAUGAGAUUGCCAUCAAAGUCAAACAACAAAAUCUCUGCAUCUACAGCCUUAAUGCCUUGAAUUUCAGACCAUCAAAGACAGAUGCUGGCUUAUGUGGAAAUUGA